AUGAAUAGUAAUGUACUAGCGAUGAAUGGUAGUAGUAAUAUAUCAUAUCCACAAUCAAAAGAUCAGUUAAAUGAUUUAUUAAAUAAAUAUUAUAAAUUACUACUUGAUGCUGAAGUUGAUGAAAAAGAAAAGGUUAAAAUAGAAUCAGAAUUGUCAAAGGUUAGUUUACAACAUCAAAAAUUUAAACAAGAAGACAAUGAAUUUAUAAAUGAUUUAUUAAAAAGUGAAAUAAAUGAAGAAAUAGACUUUGAUUUAUUUGAAAAACAAAUUGGUGGUUUUUUAUUAUUAUCAAAGGAUUAUGAUUUGCCCGAGGCAUUACAAAACCAAUUUCAAGAUGAAAAAGAAGUAUCAAAAGUUUUAAUAGACGAUAUAAUUAAAAAAAUUACUACCAUCGAUACCAAGUUUGAAAAUAGAGCAAAUGCAGUAGGUAUUAAAACAAAAUUUAGAUCUUACCUCAAAGAUAAUGACAAAAUCAUAUGUAAUAAAAUAUCUCAAAGGUUAAAAGAACUUGAAAAUUUACCAAGUAAUUUAGGUACCUACGGGGCACCAUUAGAUGAUUUAAAAAUAAAAGCAUUAAUUGAAUUAAAAAGUUUACAAUUAUUAGCUAAACAAAAGCAAUUAAAACAUAAUAUAAUAGUUCAUGAAUCACAACAAGUUAAAUAUAAAAAUCCAAAUUUAAAAGACAUUCCCCUUUGUUUGUCAGAAAAGAGAUCAUUUAAUCUAAGAUCUAAAAUCGAACAAAAAAACCCACAAUUAUUAGCUUUACAAUUGGAAGAAUUGAAAAAGCAAGAAGCAAAAGAAUUAAAACGUCAAUCACAUAUUUCAAAAGUUGAACAAAUUUUAUCAAGUUCAACCAAUUUUAAAGAACAUAAAUCAGUUAUUGAAAAUUAUAGAACUCACUAUCUCCUAAGACAAAUUAACAAUUUCCAUCAAACUACCGAAAAGGAAGAAAGUAAAAAAUCCGAAAAGAAUGCUAAACAAAGAUUACAAGCAUUAAAAGCUAAUGAUGAAGAAGCAUAUCUUAAAUUAUUAGAUGAAACAAAAGAUCAUAGACUUACUCAUCUUCUUAAGCAAACUAAUCAAUUCCUUGAUUCAUUAACUGAACAAGUUAGAGCUCAACAGAUUGAAGCUGAAGAAGGUGUAGUUCCUGCCAAAAGUGGUAGUCCAGAAGCUAUUGCCAAACCUGUUGAUGGUAAAGAAGAGUUACGUGAAAAGACAGAUUAUUAUGAAGUUGCUCAUAAAAUAAAGGAAAAAAUACCCGACCAACCGACAAUUUUAGUAGGUGGUAGAUUAAAAGAAUACCAAAUGAAAGGCUUAGAAUGGAUGGUUUCAUUAUAUAAUAAUCAUUUAAACGGUAUAUUAGCAGAUGAAAUGGGUUUAGGUAAAACAAUUCAAUCAAUUUCAUUAAUUACAUAUCUUAUUGAAAAGAAACAUGAACAAAAAUUUUUAGUCAUUGUUCCAUUAUCUACAAUUACAAACUGGACUUUAGAAUUUGAAAAAUGGGCACCGUCUGUUAAAAUUAUAGUUUAUAAAGGUUCUCAACAACAAAGAAGAUCAAUGCAAUCAGAAAUUAGAUAUGGUACUUUUCAAGUUUUAUUAACUACUUAUGAAUAUGUUAUUAGAGAACGUCCAUUAUUAUCCAAAUUUCAGUAUUCUCAUAUGAUUAUUGAUGAAGGUCAUAGAAUGAAAAAUGCACAAUCAAAACUUUCACAAACUUUAAGACAAUAUUAUAAAACAAAAAAUAGAUUAAUUUUAACAGGUACUCCAUUGCAAAAUAACUUACCAGAAUUAUGGGCCUUGCUAAAUUUUGUAUUACCAAAAAUAUUCAACUCAGUUAAAUCAUUUGAUGAAUGGUUUAAUACUCCAUUUGCGAAUACAGGUACUCAAGAAAAGAUCGAAUUAACAGAAGAAGAAAGUUUAUUAGUUAUUAGAAGAUUGCAUAAGGUCCUUAGACCCUUUUUAUUAAGAAGAUUAAAAAAAGAUGUUGAAAAAGAUUUACCUGAUAAAGUCGAAAAAGUUUUAAAAUGUAAUCUUUCUGGUUUACAAUAUGUUUUAUAUCAACAAAUGUUGAAACAUAAUGCAUUAUUUGUAGGUGCAGAAGUUGGAGGUGCCAAAUCAGGUAUAAAAGGUUUAAAUAAUAAAAUUAUGCAAUUGAGAAAAAUUUGUAAUCAUCCAUUUGUUUUUGAAGAAGUUGAAGCUGUUUUAAAUCCUACUAGAUUAACAAAUGAUUUAAUCAUGAGAGUUUCUGGUAAAUUUGAAUUAUUAGAUAGAAUUUUACCAAAAUUUAAAGUUUCAGGUCAUCGUGUCUUAAUGUUUUUCCAAAUGACUCAAGUAAUGGAUAUUAUGGAGGAUUUUCUAAGAUGGAGAGAUAUGAGAUAUUUAAGAUUAGAUGGUUCAACAAAAGCUGAAGAUCGUCAAGAUAUGUUGAAAGAAUUUAAUGCACCAGGUUCUGAAUAUUUUUGUUUCUUAUUAUCAACAAGAGCUGGUGGUUUAGGUUUAAAUUUACAAACUGCUGAUACUGUUAUUAUAUUUGAUACUGAUUGGAAUCCUCAUCAAGAUUUACAAGCUCAAGAUAGAGCUCAUAGAAUUGGUCAAAAAAAUGAAGUUCGUAUAUUAAGAUUAAUUACAAAUGAUUCAGUUGAAGAAGUUAUAUUGGAAAGAGCUCAUCAAAAAUUAGAUAUUGAUGGUAAAGUUAUUCAAGCUGGUAAAUUUGAUAACAAAUCGACCGCAGAAGAACAAGAAGCAUUUUUGAAAAGAUUAUUAGAAGCAGAUGCAAAUGGUAAUGAUGAUGAAGAAAAUGAUUUAGACGAUGAUGAAUUGAAUGAAAUUUUAGCAAGAUCAGAUGAAGAAAAAGCAUUAUUUAAUAGAAUGGAUCAGUCAAGGAAAGAAAAGAAAUUGAUUGAAAAGGAUGAAUUACCAAGUAUAUUUACAGAAGAUAUCUCUCAUCAUUUUGAAAAGGAUACGAAAGAAUUGACUAGAAUGAGAGAAAAGAAAAAAGUUAAAUAUGAUGAUGGAUUAAGUGAAGCUCAAUGGUUGAAGGCAAUGGAUGAUGAUGAAGAUACUGUUGAACAAGCUAUAAAAAGAAGAGAAACAAGAAUUGCAAAAAGAAAAAGAAAUAAGGCUAUACGAGAAGGUUUAAUUGAAGCAGAUAUUAAUGAUGAUGAUGUAGGUGAAGAAGAUGAUGAAGAUGUUGAAUUGGAACCAAGAAAGAAACAAAGAAUUGAUAAUUUUAUUACUUUAUGUCAAUCUAUCUUAGAUGAAAUUCAACAAAUGACUGAUCCAAAUGAUGACCAUAAUAUUGGUGAAAUUUUUAUGAAAUUACCUUCAAGAAAAUUAUAUGCUGAUUAUUAUAAAAUUAUUAAAAAUCCAAUUUCAAUUAAUCAAAUACAGAAAAAAUUAGAUCAAGAUAAUUAUGAUUCAUAUGAAGAAUUUAUCAAUGAUUUGAAUUUAAUGAUUUCAAAUGCAAAGACUUAUAAUGAAGAAGAUUCUUUCGUUUAUAUUGAUGCUGUAGCUAUUGAAAAUUUGAUUAACAGUAAAUAA